UGUGAAACCUUUUAGGUCCCAAGUGUCAUGGCGGAUGGUCACGUUGAUCCUAAUUGUGGCUCUUGUUUUAAAUUAGUUAAAAAUAAUUGUAAUGCGAUUUUCUGUGAUGGUUUUUGCUCCAAAUGGUACCACAUUGCUUGUGUAAAUAUUUCUUCAGUUGAAUAUGACUUAGUAAACAAAUUAGGGGACAAAUCCAAGUGGUUCUGUGACUCCUGUGAUGUUAACCUCAAAAGUCUGCAGACGAGAGUUGGUAAUAUUGAAGAAUUUAUUAACCUAAAUUCUACUGUCCAGAACUUAAUAUCUCUCGUUAAAGGAGUUGUUGAAAAUAACCUCGAACUAAACAACAAACUUGAAGAUGUUGUACAAACCAAGAAGCGGUCCUCUGCAGAAACCCAUUCUCAGCUUAUAGGCCUACCUAGGCCUAGUCAAGAGUCAAGUCUACCAAAUUCCGAAUCUGAUGACAAAGUGAAUGGACAGGAGGCCGGAAACACUGAAAAUAGGAAUAAAAGCUACUCCCAAGUACUAGCUAGCAAUACUGACAGUAGGCCUAGAAACAAAAUUAGACCUACAACUUCCAAGACGUCUCAAGAAGAGGUUAGGUUUCCUAAAACUAAGACUAAACCCAUUAUAGGUUCAAAUACUGACAAAAGUGGUCUCAAGCGUGCGGAAAAAUCCAAGGCAGUUUUUGUUAGUCGUUGUUCUUCAGAUACGGAAAGUAGUGACAUUGAAUCCUAUCUAAAAAGUGAAAAUGUUAUUUGUAACAAAUGUGAGAAACUACCUACCAGGUUUUCAGACUAUACAAGUUUCAAGGUAAGCGUCUCUGAUAAUCUUGUUAAGGACUUAUUGAAACCUGAAUUUUGGCCCGAGGGAAUUUUUGUAAAAGAGUUUGAAGAACGUCGUUCAGGCAGACAAAAUAACGUUAAAAGCUACAUUCCUUCUCGUACUUUUUUAGGGAAAAUGCAGCCCCGUCAAACUCAAUCCUAGGUUAUGGGCCUGAAAUCUUGCCUAGUACGGGAAAAUCUGCUAGUAGCCUGCUUGUGUGUGCUAUAAAUGUGCAAUCUAUACGCAAUAAAAUUGCUGAACUUGAGAUACUUUGCUGUCAACUGGACAUUGAUGUGCUUUGUGUGUCUGAACAUUGGUUGUUAGAGGCAGAAACUGCAUACUACUCUAGAAUCAAUAGCCUUGACCUUGUAUCUUGUUUUUGUCGAAAAACCCCUUGGGGGGGUGUGUCAAUUUAUAUUAAUACUAAGUGGAACUACUCUUUGUUAGACUUAAGUGAGUACUGUGAAGAACUGCAUGCAGAAUUUACAGGUAUAAUCAUCUCUAACUUGAAUCUCAUUGUUGUCACCAUGUAUCACUCGCCUAGUGGUAGUUUUGAACGCUUUUUUUAUCUACUUGACAUGUGUCUAGUUUAUUUAACUUCCCUGGGGUUAGAUAUUAUAAUCGGCACUGACCACAAUGUGAAUAUACUCAACCAUCCAAGUGAGGCCAGUGAUUUCAGGAACAUUCUCCGCAGCCAUGAUAUAUUCUUCAGUGUCAAUGAACCAACCCGUGGUCUAUCUCCUUUAGACACUGUUCUUACCAAUCUUGAUAGCUGGAGAUACAUGGCCCAUGUAAGUGUAGAUCAGAUAUCUGAUCACAAACAUGUUUUUUUUAAACUAGAUCUACCUGAAGGUGUAUCCAAACAUGGUCUGCAGGAACCUGACUACUUAAAUAAUCCUGUCAAAACUGUAACUUACAGACAAUUUAAUGAAAGUAACUACUGUUACUUUCAAUGUGUAUUGACUGAUCUGGCAGUAAAGUGGCUCUCUGAAAUAGAAUCAUUUAAUGCUGAACAAUCCUUUGACUAUUUCUUUGAUAAUUUCAGAAAAGUUUUUGACUAUUGUUUUCCCUUAAGAAAUAAAACCUGCAGGACUGUGCCUCCAGCCAAGGCAAAUGCUGGGUGCAGUGUAAACAACUGGUACACACCUGAACUCUCUGCCUUUAAGAACUUUAUCCUAGGUAUCAGUGACUUAUGCAAGAGUAACCCACAAUUGCUGCCCUACCUUCGUGAUCUCAGGAAGCAUUAUCGUUUGAAGGAAUAAGGUUCUACAAUGCCUUACCCAUAACUGUAAGACAACUCUUACCGAACAAGUUUGCGACCACACUAAAAGCUUGGAUGCUUGCCAAUCCAUUCUAUUCCAUUAAAGAGUUUUGGAAUGCACAGCUUGUUACUAUUGGGUUGAACCCACAGUAGUCCAGUAGAGGUAUUACAAAAAUCAUAAUGUCUUCAAGAUCAAGAAAACGUCACUCAGGUGGUACACAAGAUCUAAUGGAAGUUGAUACUGAUGGUUCAUUAUCUGACGAACAUCAGCUGUUGUUGCAAUACCUGAUGCAUGCAAGAAUGUCGAAGAAGAUGGACGUUUCUAGAAUCCAUGGAAAACUGUUCAAUGACAGUGAAAAUUUAAAAGAAUCUCUAAAAAUAAUAACAUCUAAAAUCAAUGCUUUGAAAAUGGACAUUAAAAGUGUCUGUUGCGACGUAAGCGGUGAAACUUACUUUGUUCUCAUCCACUCGACAGGAGAAUCAUUUUUUCCAAAGAGUUGCAUGUUUAGCCAGUCUCAGCUUGAGUUCCUGAAGAAGCUGUUGAUUGGCAUUGUGCUUUCUGAGAGUGGCAUGAUAGGAAAGAUAGCAGCACUCAACAGCUGUACUACACUUUCCAAGAUGGAAGCUGACAACACGUUGAGACAGUUCGUGAAGGAUAAAAUAUUUCUGGAACUACCCGAAGGGAAGUUGGCGCUUUCACCUUUGGCUAUUGUGGAAUUUGAACCUUUUUUCAGAGCUUCGCUAGAAGACAACCUACAGUCAUGUGAGUUGUGCAGACAAUUGGUGUUUUUUGGUAAGGUUUGUCCAAAUUGUGAUCAGAAGUUUCACCGACAUUGUGUUUACAAGUGGUUAGAAAGUGGUCACAGUGACUGUUCGAAAUGCAAAGAGCAAUGGGAUGACGGUAUGCUGACGGAGACUGAAUAAACAGUUGUAAGUUUGUUGUUUUUAUUUCAUAGAUGUAUGACUAAUGUGUACAUUUUUAUACAGUAAUUUAAUGUAUUUUAACUAUUUGAAAUAAAUUUGAAUUUUCAAGGGUU